AUUUUAUCCUGCGAGCCCAACACAGCUCGUGAAUAUUCAUGAUUGAGCCUCUGAACGUCAGGACGCAGCGGCGGCUCUUCCUCCCUGACAGAGAGCGGAGAGGCUGGGAGGAGAGACAGCAUGCCAGAGCCCGGCUGUAUCUCUCCCACCGCAUUUGAGGGCGAAUCUGCUCUCAACUCAUCCCACCCCGCACAGCCGACCGGGGGAACAACAAUGGACUGACGGAACACAAACACACAGCGAGAGAGACGGAGGGAGAGAGAGAGAGAGAGAGAGAGAAAGAGAGAGCGGGAGAGAAACGCCGCCUUGUUUUUGAAGCAUCCACAUAUUCUCUGGACAUAAGCUCCUCGGGUUCAUAUUUGCAGAGCGGGACGGAUGGAGUGACCACAACGCCUUUGAAGAGAGAGAUGCCACAGCAAAGCAGGACGAUGCUUCGAUGCGAGCGGUUAUUGCAGUGCAUCUCCUGUAAGAUGGACGAGACAUAUUGGGGCUAAGGAGCUGGCGACUUAUCACGUUGCGGAGGAAAGAUGUUUUGCAACUGCCUGUAGGCUCCUCUAGAGGAUGCAUGCCUGCCCUGGCGUCUUGUAAUAUGUAGCUGUGACGGCGGCAGAGCGUUUGCAGCUGUUUCUUAGCUUGUGGAGCCCCAGAAAAGCAUCGCUCACCGGCUGGAGCCGAGCCCCGUGGCCGCCAGCAACCUUCCCCACCUCUCAGUGUCAAUGUGACGGGUGCGAUGCCCCGCUAGGAAGAAGUGAGCGCAGCCUCCGGAGCUGUCCGCGGUGCUGAACGGAUCCGUCAGUUCCUCGGGUCUCCACGAGUUGACCUUCUCUCCCCGGGCAGAAAAUCAUCCUCCUGCAACACACACACCACACACACACACACGCGCGCGCGCACACACAUACGGAGUAAGGUGGCAAAGCAGGCCACCGCACAUGGACAGCUGCUGGGCUUGACUGAGUCAGCCAGACGAUCUUCUCUUUCAUGGCUGUGGCACGCAAAAUCAAAACUUUGCUGACCGUCAACAUUUUAGUGUUCGUGGGGAUUAUCCUGUUCUCGGUCUACUGCAGGAUCCAGGACCGAUCCGAGGAGCUCAUCCAGAUAGGGCGUAUGUCUGACCAGAGGCUGCGAGCCAGGAAUGGCAAAGUUUCCAACUUGGUGGACAGGCAGUCUAUUCUCCAGAGGCUGGAGAGGCUGGAGGAUGUGGUCUACAACCAGUUAAACGGUUUGGCAAAGCCCAUGGGGCUAGUUGAGGGACCCGGAGGCCUUGGCCAGGGGGGAGCCGCUGCCACUCUGGGAGAGGACAGUCGUGAUGCCGAGGGAAAAUACGAGGAGUACGGCUACAAUGCUCAGCUCAGUGACCGCAUAUCCCUGGACAGGAGCAUCCCAGACUACAGGCCUAAAAAGUGUAAGCAGCUGACGUACCCGGAGGACCUUCCUCAGAUCUCUGUGGUCUUCAUCUUCGUGAACGAGGCACUGUCAGUGAUCCUGCGCUCCGUCCAUAGUGUGGUCAACCACACGCCAGCACACGUACUCAAGGAGAUCAUCCUGGUGGAUGACAACAGUGACAGCGUGGAGCUGAAAUUCAACUUGGACCAGUAUGUGAACAAACGCUACCCAGGCUUGGUAAAGAUUGUGAGGAACAGCAAGCGGGAAGGUCUGAUCCGAGCCAGAAUACACGGCUGGAACGCCGCCACGGCUCCUGUCGUCGGUUUCUUUGAUGCCCACGUCGAGUUCAACACUGGCUGGGCUGAACCCAUUCUGACCCGUAUGAAGGAGGAUCACACCCGCAUCAUCUUGCCCGCCAUAGACAACAUCAAGUACAACACGUUUGAGGUGCAGCAAUACGCCAACGCCGCCCAUGGCUACAACUGGGGGCUGUGGUGUAUGUACAUCAUCCCUCCACAGGAAUGGCUGGACAAGGGCGAUGAGACAGCCCCUAUCAGAACUCCAGCAAUGAUUGGCUGCUCCUUUGUGGUCGAUCGGGAAUACUUUGGUGAGAUUGGUCUUCUGGAUCCUGGCAUGGAGGUCUACGGAGGCGAGAACAUCGAGCUCGGCAUGCGGGUGUGGCAGUGUGGAGGGAGUAUGGAGGUUCUGCCAUGUGCCAGAGUGGCUCACAUCGAGCGCACCAAGAAGCCCUACAACAAUGACAUAGAUUACUACGCUAAGCGCAAUGCCCUGCGGGCCGCUGAGGUGUGGAUGGAUGAAUACAAAUCCCACGUCUACAUGGCCUGGAACAUUCCCAUGAACAACCCUGGGGUUGAUUUCGGGGAUGUCUCGGAGCGCUUGGCCUUAAGGAAGAGGCUGCAGUGUCGGAGUUUCCGCUGGUACCUUGAACACGUCUACCCAGAGAUGCGGAUCUACAACAACACCAUCACAUAUGGCGAGGUGAGAAACAGCAAAGCUAGUGGCUACUGCCUGGACCAGGGCUCUGAGGACGAUGACAAAGCCAUCCUCUACCCAUGCCACGGCAUGUCCUCCCAGCUCGCCCGCUACUCCACUGAGGGGCUUCUCCAGCUGGGACCCCUGGGGUCGACCACCUUCCUGCCUGACACAAAAUGCCUUGUUGAUGACGGCAGAGGACGAACACCCAGACUGAAAAAAUGUGAUGCGGUUUCAAGGAUUUCUCAGAGGCUGUGGGACUUUACACAGAAUGGUCCAAUCAUCAGCAGGGACACUGGUCGAUGUUUGGAGGUAGAAAUGUCCAAAGAUGCCAACUUUGGCCUUCGCCUGGUGGUCCAGAGAUGUUCCGGUCAGAAGUGGAUGAUACGAAACUGGAUUAAGCAUCCCAGGCAUUGAAGCCAGAGAGCAACCUCUGAGACAGUUUGGGCAGCGUGUCAAGUCGCAGUUGGAUCUCAAACUGUGGACAGUUGAGAGAGGAGCAGGGACUGGUAGUGCCAGUGUGUGGUAUUUCACACUACAGACUGCACUGCACACUGAGCAUUCCUCAGGCCACAGAGCUUUCCAACACCAAGUCUUAAAGAAGAAUCUGAUAAAUUCAUGUGUUCCACUGAGCGGCGCGUUCACAGAGAACUUAUGGCAAGCUGCACUCUUUGAAAUGGCCCUCAUUUUUGACACUCAGCUACAUGUAUAGAACAGAGUAAGAAGACACCUGAGUGCAGCCCCUGAAGGUGGCUCAAGAUCCUAGUAAAACUUUUGUUUCUACUGUAAAGCUAUCAGAUCUUUGGAGAUGAGAAAGAGUGUGUAAGCGUGUGAGUGUUUUUUUCUGAGUGCAUCUGAGCAAAUCAAAAGAUAUGAUUGCUGUCAAUUGCCACAUCGAAGUGAUUAUUUUGGGCUGUGAUUUGGAAAAUUGCUUUGGACAUAUUGUGCUACACUGGCAAGACAUGUAAUAGGCUUCAAAGGGGCUGCCCACCAUCUGAUCGGGACGCAUUUCACCUGCACUCACACAAAACACUACAGUUCUUUGUUUCUUUGGACUGUAUUGCUCGCUGGGGACAGGAGCAAUCAUGUGCCUUUUUUUUCUUCAUUUUCUGCUUAAUCUGACCAGGGAAUGUCAGUCCCAAAAGCAUGUACAAAAUUAUUUGAAAAUUAUUAAUAUAUGAAACAAUGUAUAAAACACUCUAAUGAUAGUAAUAUAUUGUAAAAAGUCAAGAAUUGAUAUCCGUCCUCUGAUAACAAUUAGGAUAAUAAAAUCAUUUUUAUGAUGAGCCGCCUCUCCGUCUUUCUCUUUCAGAGCAUUCGUAUCACUUCUGUCGGCUAUUCAAAGAAUUCAGUGUCAACUUUUGCUCCAUGAGUGAACUUGGCUGUGUGUUACAUAAAAACUAAGCAUUUUCUUAUGUUCUCUUG